UAGAAACAUCGGCCGCUAGGAUCGCUCCGCUGCUACACCUAUGGACAUUUGCCGGUGGAGAAUUGAAGGACUCAGAAUAGCGGGCUGUGCUGGGAAUUCCUGCUAAGCUAUACGAAGCUGCUGGUUUACUUGUGAGUAUGGCACUGGUUAUCUUGGUGGCAUUGCCAUAUCGCUGCUGAUUGACCGCCUUUCUUUUUUAUCGUCACAAUCUUUAUAUGCCCGGUUGGCUUCUAGGUUGUAUGCUUCCCACCACAUUGGGCCCCGCUCGUCACAAAGGUAUGCAUGAGCAUGUCAAUUAGUGCGUCCAGCAAACCAUAUUCAGGAUCUCGGAUCUACUACGUGGAUUGGGUCGCGUUCUGGAACCAGUUAGCUAGAUUCGGUAUCAAUUGCCUAUGCGCAUCGCGCCUGGCCCAAUGACGGACGAAAAUACCCUGCACCAGGAAAACUUGGGAUACCCUUGGCCAAAUUCCUUCUUCGAAGAUCGCAACUUCCCUGAAGAGAAGUCUUUUUUGGAGGCUCGAAAUCAGAUAAAUCCGACUGAUGAUGACAUCCUGAACUUCCUGCUGGACUAUGACGAGAACACCGCCGAAGAAGAGAUCAUUACUAAGUUCUGUUCGGGUGUCCAUCAUUCUGCGCUCACAAAUCCCCGUGCGCAACAUUCGAGGAGGGCAUGGCUUGACGACCGGCGGUGGGACCGCCCUACCAAACCGAGCUCACGUGAAGAAGAGGCCGAGAAGCAAAUGACACCACCAGUCAACAUGGCAAAGGAGUCAGAAUCGAAAGAUCUUGUCGACGAAGCGCGCACAUCUUUGCAGGACCGACUGAAAUACAAGAUUGAUUCUUCAUUCCGCGAAUACGAACCCCCUUUGUCUGCGUUAGAUUUGUUUCGGUACCUGAAGAGGAAGCGAUUUGGACAUGGAUCUCUUCCAGAUGCCGAUAGAAGAUUGAUCUACGUGUGGCGCCUAACGCCGGUUUAUGUGCAUGCACUGGUAAGAACCUGUACACAACAUCAGUCAGCUGCCUUGAAAGCAACUCUCUACAUGCAUAUCGCGCGAAAGACAGAUAUGGGAGUGAAUAUUUCGUAUAAUUCUAUCGACACCUUCGAGCUAUACUUCUAUAUGCCAUUCUAUACACUGAAGGUGCCCGACGAUCCGGAUAUACGCCAUGACGGGCUGAAUGGAAGUUCACAUCCGGCUUGCCUAGAUAUAUUUUCUAUAACCGGGAAAAGCAGCCAAGUCCUUGAAAUGGCGCACAUAGCCAUCAACAUUUGCGGUGUCGCGGAUCGUCGUUGGACAGGUUACGCGUUCGUGGAUGGCGACGAGUGCAUGAGCGAGGAAGACUUUGAUUACACUACGAUAGUCCCAGAUCAAUUCGCACUUAAUGGCGAAGUAGAUGCGAACCGCCCCAUCUGGAGCCCGAGAGAGUAUUUUAUGCGCAUACUUCCUAGCCGCGUGGAACAGAUUGUCCGAAGAUGGUCCUGGAUCAUUCAAAAUAUCGAAAGUGGUGCUCAAGAAGACAUUCUCAGUCCAACUGCAGGAUAUGGAGAAAAUGAAGAGAUCGCAUCGACUUUCAAGCGAACCCAAAAGGCGGCGAAAACCCUCGGCGUCUUGCAUGACGUCCUUUCGGAGAGUAAUGACGCGUGGGCCGAGUUCUCAGCUCCUGGUGGAGACAUAAUAUACUUCGAACAUACCACUGGUCUAUCAGCCACUUCCCAGAAACAAAUCAAGCGCUGUCUUCAAGAUCUCAAGGGCAAGUUCCGCAGGAUGCGCGCACUGCAGAGAAGACUGGAGACCCUUGAACGCCGGUAUCAAAGGGCAGUAGAUAGCCUUGAACGACUUUUAGUCGUGGAGAGCAACAAGGCUGCGAAAUCUAGCGGGGCACAUGCAGAAUUGAUGGUCGCUUGGAUAUCACCAGUGGCGAUCGUGAGCGCGUUCUUUUCAAUUCCAGCACCAUUCGUCCCGCGCACGCUAAUAGCAUUCACUGUUGCUAUGUUGGUUGUCGCAGGGUUUUUACAGCUUGUCAUUCGCUUACAGCGAAAAGGUUGGCGGUGGCAGAUACAGAGAUUUUGCUCACAUGUACUACACCAAAGAGAGUCACGACCAGUGGUAUCUGGAACCACCGAACAGAUUCAUGACCAGCAGACAUCUCCAUUUCGUGUGGAUACUGGACAGACUCUCGUAGACUCUGGUGUAUAAGGCGAGGCUGGAACAGCUUUUCCCAAUCCUUGUUAAGAUACCCCUGCCUUGAAAUCUCAUGGGCUAUACUUCAUUCAAAGCGAUCAACGAUUCUCUUAUCACC